GGAAGUUGGGCAAUACGAGAAAUCACCCGGCACCGUGGAGAGUCUUCUGUCAUUUGGGAACAGAUUCUGAUGGUUACGAUCAGUGGUUAUUUUGCACAGUCGGACGAGAUACAGAUCCAUUGACAAGAGUUGGCCCUCCCGAAGUGAAGUGAAGUGUGUUGCGUUGCGGUGCGGGUGCGGCGGGGCUGGUGUGUCUCCCCGCGGCAGGCGGCAGCCAGCUAGUGUCAUUAUGAGAUGUCGUCUCUCGGCGCCUCCUUCGUGCAGAUCGGCUUCGACGACAUCCACUUCCACGAGAACUGCGGCGGCGGCAGUUUCGGCAGCGUCUAUCGAGCCAGGUGGAUCUCGCAGGACAAAGAGGUGGCGGUGAAAAAGCUGCUCAAGAUCGAAAACGAGGCUGAAAUCCUGAGUGUGCUCAGCCACAGGAAUAUCAUUCAGUUCUAUGGGGCAGUUCUUGAGGCACCCAAUUAUGGCAUUGUCACCGAGUAUGCCAGCGGAGGCUCUCUGUUUGAGUUCCUGUCGAGCGCCGAGAGCGAGGCCAUGGACAUGAAGCAGAUCAUGACCUGGGCCAUAGACAUAGCCAAAGGAAUGCACUAUUUACACUCCGAGGCCCCGGUCAAAGUCAUCCAUCGGGAUCUGAAGUCCAGGAACGUGGUUUUGACAGCAGAUAAAAUACUUAAGAUUUGUGACUUUGGCGCCUCCAGGUUUUUGUCCCACACCACGCAUAUGUCCCUGGUGGGGACCUUCCCCUGGAUGGCGCCGGAGGUGAUCCAGAGUCUGCCCGUGUCUGAGACCUGCGACACGUACUCAUACGGAGUGGUUUUAUGGGAGAUGCUCACUCGAGAGAUCCCCUUUAAAGGCCUGGAGGGCUUGCAAGUGGCCUGGCUGGUGGUAGAAAAACACGAGAGAUUAACCAUCCCCAGCAGCUGCCCUGCCAGCUUCGCCAGUCUGAUGAAGAGCUGCUGGGGCACAGACCCAAAGGAAAGGCCUGUAUUCAAGCAGAUCCUGAUGACGCUGGACUCUAUGUGCAAAGACAGUCACCUGCCGGAGCAGUGCAACAGCUUCUUGAACAACAAGGCAGAGUGGAGGUGUGAGAUCGAGGCGACCCUGGAGCGCCUGAAGCGUCUGGAGCGUGACCUGAGCACCAAGGAGCAGGAGCUGAAGGAGCGCGAGAGGCGCCUCAAACUCUGGGAGAGACAGCUGGUGGAGCAGUCCCACACGCCGCAAUUCUUCCCUGUACCGGUACCUAUGGGCCGAAGGGUUAGCGCUGAGUCCUUUUUUCAGUCUAUGGAGGAGUCUCAGAGUUCGGAGGUGUCUUGUCAGUUCUCGGCCUCCAGUAACGGGCAGGUGGAGGUGGAGGGGGGCGGCGUGAACCUGCAGGCCCUGAUGAGGGGCUUCGGGCGGGGCUUUGAGGACAUGUUCGCCCCCCUGGACAUGGGCUGCCCAGUGCUCCACUCCGGCAUGCAGGUCCACAUGCAGACCAACCAGAACCAGCACUCCACCACCAGCAGGUCCACCGUGGUCCGGCAGGGACGCAAAAUUACCAUGGCGACCACAAGCGGCUUUGGAGACUUUAACUGGUCGGAUGACAGCGAUUAAAACGGGUCAAAAAAAAAAAUCAGCGGAAGAGCCCAAUGAGACUCAUCCAGGAACAAAAUGUUAAUAAUUACUUUGGCCUUUAUCAAAAAUACUGUACAUUUUCCAUAGUUACACAUGCAAAGCCUUGAAAAAAAUAGUGCAAAGCUGUUUAUUUUAAGUCUAAGUUUAUUUUAAGAUGACUCAAUGCUCAAAACGUAUCUUGUCUGAGGACUGCUUUGUUUAGUUUUUAUUAAAAAUACAAAACCCACAGAAGUGAGUUGUGUUAGCAGUGAGUUUGGUCCUCAGUUGUUCCGCAUGCGUUGCGUUGGCUGUGUGUAGUGUGUAGUAGACUAAAGCUUCCUGCGGCCCUCUCCUCCCUUAUGGAUGUCAUUGCUGCCAAAUGAACUGGAUGCAUAGUGGCAUGCUGGGAAGAAAGAGCAAGUGUGCGUGUUCCGCCGCCUAGCCGAUGCUUUUAUGAUGAAGUGACAUUUCCCUGACAUUAAGAUUGGCCAAUUUGUGCUGUGCGGCGGAGAGAGCAGUUGGUAUGAUGGAGUCUCACGGCAGGACAACAAGGCCCUGAGAUUUCCCGGAGAUUUUUUUUCUCUUACCCGCGCACGCACGACAGCUACAGAAAGUUUCCCACUCCGACUUGGCGGUGAUUGUACGCUCAUUUGCCCCCCCCCAUUGUAAUCUUUCAUUCACGGCACCCGCUAAAGUGUCAUGCCCUAUUGACAUGUACGAUACGGGGCUGGUGCGUGUCAGAAAGCCUCCGCGUAGCGCGUAGCGCGUAGCGUCCGCCAGCCAUUUGCCAGCGUAAUAGCCAUCACAGGCAGAAUGUAUGGGGCUGGUACUGAGACUACCACACUGUGGCGGUUACUGCGUACCGUAGUGUGGAGACUGGUGAUUUAGCCGACUUUGUCACAUGGUGACAUCAGCAUUAGGGGACAGUGAAAUAUUGCUGUGAUCUUCUUACUCUACAGACACAUCUGCUCCUCUCUUAAGCCAUUUGUGGUUAGACAAUGUUCUACCAGCUCAUCUGUUUAUUGCAGAGGAUUAUGGUGAUGAGCUAUGAAUACGUGAAAUUAGAUUUGAUUUGGGGGAUUCAUUUGAUUUUCAUUUGAUUCAAACCUUAUUUACUCUGUGUAACAAAGGAUUUGGCGUGUGUUUUACCUUUACACAGUGUCCGUUAGUAGUUUUGACCCAAGCCAAAAUUUAGGUUGAUGUUACUGUAGUGUGGCAAGCAUGUUCUCUACCAUCUCUGACUUCUAUGUCUUAAGAGUGUUGCUGAAAUUCAGGAAUGCAAAGCAGUGUUUUGACGAUCACUUUGCAUUUUAUAGUAUACUCUAUUUUGCCACCAGCAGUUUUUUGCCCUGAUUGAUAGUUUGACUGAAAAGCUGUUUCUGAAUGUUAUGACAAUGGUGAUAGCAACAUUAAGUGUGAGAAAUAUUGUUUGCUUCAUACAAAGCUUCACAUUAAUGCUUAGAAAUUGAAAUUAAAUGGCAACCUUUUUACAAAAUGUUAAGGUAAUUUAAAGAUGUAUUGUAAUUUUAUACGUAUUGGCAAACAAUGUUUAGUUGUAUUGAUAUAUCUUUUUAUGUUCACUUCUAUUGCACACGUUUGUAUCCAAACGUGUGCAAUAGAAAAUCUCCUAUAUUCUUAAUAUUAUAGAUUUCUUACAUGUUUCAUGUCAGACCAGAGCAAAGAUUUUCAUACAAAUUAUGCAACAUACUACUCAUAGUAUCUAAAAGCUCGAGUAAUAUGUUUUUGGGAGAAAAGGUUUGUGUCUAUGAAGCAUCUGAUGUUCAGUUAGUGUUGCGUUAUUGGUAAAGUAUGUAAGAGGAGCUGAAUGGAGAUCUUAACCACUUUCUCAUCACAUUCUCAUUUGUCCUAUAAUAAGGUUGCAGUGCUUUCUAUCUAAAAUGUUUUGUAACAUUUUUAGCAGUGCACUUAUAGUAGUACUUAUUCCAAAGCUUUCCUGUGCCUUAAUUGCAACAUAUUCUCAAUAAAGACCUUGUUUUUUAA